AUGACGCCAAUCCCUAACGAACAGCCCGGGGGCGGAGGGCGCGAUAGCAACAACACCACCACUCCAGAGCCAUCAAGGAUCGUCCUCAUGAAUACCAAAGGAGGUUGGACGUCACUGAGCAUGCCCGCACGUCUCAUGGCAGCGAGGGCACAUGAUAUGGAAAAGAAGGAAACGAAGGAGCACACGAGCAAAGUCACAGAACUUGAUGGGAGGCACGAACAAGGAGCCGUUGGUACCGGGGAAGAAAGGAUAGGCAACCACCUCAAAAAAAGAGAACAUAAAUAG